AUGCCUCCACUGCUACCUGCAAAGACAUUCGUGCAGUCUCUGUGGAAAGGACUGGAAUGGGGCGCACCGUUUCCAACGAGUUGCGCGAUCAAUGGCAUCAAAUCUCAUGAGAGAUAUCAACAUUUUAUAAAGAGGUGGAUAGACGAGUUCUCAACAAUGUCAACGCAAACGGGUUUGUCGUCUUCACCGAUGCUAACCAACACGCAAUCGCAGCAUGUGCGUAUCUCACCUUGCAAGAAGAGUCCAACAUCGUUAUGGCGAAAUCCAAAUUACUGUCCACGUCAAUGA